CUCUUCCUGAGCAUUGUGGGAUACUGCCGAAUAAUUCUGGAGGCCAUUCACAGCGCAUUGGGCGUGGAAAAAUCUAAGCGGCCUCCUCCAUGGCCCCCUGCUGCCUCCUGGUGCCCGGACGGCUGGUUCAGGAUCCAAGGGAAAUGUUGCUAUUUUUCUAAGACCGAAGGGAACUGGACCUACAGCCAGAGCUUCUGCUCGUCACACGCUGCCUCCCUGGCUGGGAUUGAGAGUCCGCAGGAGCUGGGUUCCCUGCUGCCAUACAAGGGCAAACUGGACCACUGGAUCGGCCUCCGGAAGGACACGGGCCAGGUCUGGAAAUGGGCCAACGGGACCGAGUUUGACCAUCAGUUUGAAAUACGUGGAGGAGGAGACUGUGCAUACUUGGACGAAGAUUUCACUGUCAUCAGCUCCAGCUGCAGCACACCAAGAAAAUGGAUCUGCAGUAAACCUGAUACCCCUGUGAAGGGAGAGGAGCGAGCAGUGGGAGGGGAUUCGUGAACUCAAGGGAAUCGGAGACCAGCUGUGACAAAGCCUUGU